AUGACAGACUACAGUCCACGUCGUGGUGAUCAUUUAUAUGUUUGGCGUAAAAUUCGAAUGUACCAACAUCAUGGAAUUGUUGUUACAAAAGAGGAUAUUCUUAAAAAAUUAUCUUCUGAGUUACGUCCAAAAAAAGUUGAAUCAUUAAUGAUAAUUGAACAAAAUAUUUGUGGAUUAGAUAUUGUUACAUUAAAACAAUUUCGAACUGAACAUCCGUUUAAUUAUGAGCAUGAUAUUGGUUGUGCUCGUUAUAAAACUGAUCCAAUGGAUUAUUAUUUAAAUAGAUGUGGAACAUGUUAUUUAACUGAUCGUUUAUCGGAAGAUUUAAUUAUUGAAAAUGCAAUUAGAAUUUAUAAUGAUAAAAAUCAAAGAGAUAUAUGGAAAACUUAUAGCCUUGUUUUGAAAAAUUGUGAACAAUUUGCAUUUAUUUGUUCAACAAAUGUUGAAUAUGCUUUAGGAGAACAAGUUCUUAUGGCUUGUAAUGUUGUUAAAUGUGUUUUUAUUAAUGGAAUGUAUAAUGCUGUCAAAUUUACUUUUCAAAUUAUUCGACAAUUAGCAGAACAAAUCAUUUCUGGAAUGUCUGUUGAAAUGAUUGUCAAAGGAAAUGGUUUAGCUGCUCUAACAGCGUUUACUUUAGAAGCAUUAAUAAUAUCUGUUCGUUUGUUUAUUUAUUAUUAUUAUGAAGAAGAUCGUUCAAAGAAUUUAGCACGAAAAUAUGCGAUAAGUCCUGAAGAUUAUAUUCAAGAAAUGGUUCAAGCUGGUUUUGGAAGUUUAUCUGCAUUUGGAAUGUCCAUAGCUGGUGUUAUUGUUGGUUCAACAUUUUUUGUUAGUUCAAUGUCACCAAUAAUUUGUUCAAUUUUCUUUGGAUUUAUUGGAUAUAUUGCAGCGAGAUGGUUAACAGGUUUAAUUGCAAUUAAAAUUAGAAAAAAAUUAUCUUCAGACAAUAGCGAAAAACAAGUGGCAUUUAAAAAUUUUCCAGGUGAUGAUAAUGACACUGUUGAAUUUGCUUGA